AUGGCAAAGCUGGCCAUUACAGAGUUGCAUCCCCUUCGAGCGGCUGGGACCGAUACCCUGUAUAAGCAGGUGGUUUCAGCCCCUCCACCUGGAUGGGUGAAGGUUAACUAUGAUGGUACUUUUUCUGCAACAAGGAAACGAGGUGCGUAUGUGACUGUGGCUAGAGAUCAUACAUGCCAGGUUAUUGCUUCUUCGUCAGGAAAUAUGUGUGUUGCCUCUGCAUUGGCAUCUGAAGCCUGGGCCAUCUGGAAGGCGUGCUAUUUGGCAUUGACUGAAGGCUGGAGGUUUGUUAUUUUUGAAAGUGACUCCAAAGCUCUCAUUGAUUCUUUGGUGCUGGGCCUGCAAAGUCAUUGA